AUGGCCUCGACUGCGACGAACGGCGACGCCGCCGCCGUGUUGGACGAACUCAAGCCUCCUACCGGUGUUGUUCUGCCGCCUCGCGAGAUUCGUAAUGUUCUCGAAAAGACGGCAGGUUACGUUGCGCGAAACGGUCUCAUCUUUGAGGACAGAAUUCGCGAAAAGGAGCGCUCCAACCCCAAAUUCAGUUUCCUUAACAACACCGACGCAUACCAUGCAUUCUAUCAGUGGCGCCUUGAUGAGAUCAAGGCCGGCCGCGGCACCGCCAUCGCAGCAGGACGCGCCAACGAAGCAGCAGCACCCGUCGAGCAGAAGCCCCAAGGCCCGCCCAAGCCUCCCGAUUUCCAGUUCUCGGCCCGCAUGCCGCGCAUCAAUCAGAAGGAUCUCGAGGUCAUCCGAUUGACCGCCCUAUUUGUCGCGAAGAAUGGUCGCCAGUUUAUGACCCAGCUCGCCCAACGCGAGGCCGGCAACCCCCAGUUCCAAUUCCUCAUUCCGAACCACACGUUCCACAACUUUUUCCAACAUCAGGUCGACCAGUACACAGCGUUAUUGAGAGCCAGCGGCUUGGGUGGCGAAGGCGGCAAGAUUGAGCAAGAGAGGAUCAACCAUAUCCAGCAAAACAUCGACGACAAGUACCAUGUUCUGAGCCGCGCGAAGCAACGUGCCGAGUACUCAAAGUUCCAGGAAGUUGAGAAGGUAAAGAAAGAGGAGGAAGACGAGAAGAAGAAGCUUGAGUUUGCCCGGAUCGACUGGAACGACUUUGUGGUUGUCGAGACUAUUGUCUUCACAGAUGCCGACGAGUCCGCGAACCUGCCGCCUCCGACGAAUCUUUCCGAACUGCAAUACGCUUCCCUUGAGGAGAGGAACAAGGCAUCAUUAACCAAUCUUCGCAUUGAGGAGGCCAUGCCCGAUGAGGAGACCUCGUACAACGCCUACCCCCAGACCUCUCAGACGUUACCAGUUCACACUGGCUAUGCGCCUCAGCAGCAGCAGCAGCAAUUCCAGGCGCAAGCCCCAGUAGGCUUCCAAGGAUAUCCAGACGGCACACCGCGACGAUCAGCAGAAGAGGAGGAGGAAGAGCGGAGGAUCCAGGAGAGGACAGAGGCACGUGCCCGGGAACAACAAGCACGCGCUGAAGCUCGUGGCGGAACUGCUCCGAUGAAGAUUAAAGAGAACUACGUGCCCCGCGCACUCCAACGAGCGGCCAACAAACAGAGUGUCCAGAUGGCACUAUGCCCGAACUGCAAGCAGCAAAUUCCCAUGGAUGAGCUGCAGGAUCAUAUGAGGAUUGAACUGCUGGACCCUCAAUGGAAGGACCAAAAGGCAAAGGCAGAAGCUAGAUACUCCACGACCAACUUGUCCACGGCGGAUGUCGCAAACAACUUGAAGCGACUUGCCAGUCAGAGAAGCGACGUCUUUGACGGCGUCACCGGCCAACCCCUGUCGGAAGAAGAGGCUGCUCGGCGCAAAAAGGCCACGAUUCAUAGUUUCGAUGGUAAUCCUGAUGGCAAGAGCCAGGCUCACAUCAACCACCUGCACAACCUGAAUGUCGAGGAGCAGAUCCGUGCUAUUCACCAGAGAUUUGCGGACAAGAAGUGA